UUACCGACGCCAUUUUGGGGAAGCCAAGUCAAUCGCCCUCUAACGCCGACAACUGACGUUCUAGAACGCUCAACACUAGCUGCUCCAUUACGAACAGAAAAACACAAAUAAAACACGUUGCCGCCUCGCUACUGCAGUGCUCUCCGGCACUGGGCGGCAGUAUAGGAAUGGCAAAGCCCUGUAUUCGUGUCGAUCAAUGCGCUGUGAAUGCCAGCGCCGUGUAAGUGCCGUACACCAGUGCACAACGCGUGCGUGACCAGCCAGCCAGUAGCCUCUGCACGAACAACCCUGUUGCUAGCGGUUGCAGCAGCCGCCGCCAUCACACGGAGGGAGGAGGAGUGGGCGUGGCACAGAGCGCUGCUGGCUGGAGACUGCCCUGCGCACUUCCUACAGCCUCUCUUUUUUUCUUUUAACAAAACUUUAUUGCGACUUGACACAAGCACUCAAAGGUACUGCUUGGCCGCCGCCACCACCGCCUUCCUGCACUCUCCGCCCUUGUUCUGCUCUGCCGCACGCACCGCUGGUUGGUUGGAGGGGGGCGUCGGUGGCAACAACGGCAACGCGAGGUCACAGUCACACCCGGAAGGAAGAGGCUGGCGAGGAGACCGCAGUCACAGGGAGACCGCCUGCGACCAGCGCCGCAGUCAUCAUCAUCAUCGCCCCGGUACAAAAAAAUGUUGCCGUUGAGUGUACUUCAGGUCUGUGCAGCGUACUCUCUGUAGCUCUACAAUAACAGUCACUGGAUUUUACGCUUGGAUUUGUAAAACAACUAAACACCAAUCAUGAUGUCUGAAAUACUUUGGCUCUGUGUUUUUAAGCUGUUUUGUGGAUUGUGGUGCUGACAUCUCUAAUAGCUGCUACACAAAGUUGACUUUCAGUUUUGGAGCUAACACCUCAGUAGUAUUGGACAUUAAUUUAUUUUUUUCGUAUUUUUGACUACGUAGCAAGUCCAUAUUUAAAAAAAAAUUAAAACAAUUGUGUUCGGACAUCCGUAAACAUUAAUGGAAUGCAAUCAUGUCCACCCAGGACGAAAGGCAAAUUAAUACUGAAUAUGCGGUAUCCUUACUGGAGCAGCUAAAACUGUUCUAUGAACAGCAGCUACUAACGGACAUCGUAUUAAUUGUUGAGGGCACUGAAUUUCCAUGUCACAAAAUGGUUCUUGCAACAUGUAGCUCUUAUUUCAGGGCAAUGUUUAUGAGUGGACUGAGUGAAAGUAAACAGACCCACGUACAUUUGCGGAAUGUGGAUGCUUCGUCUUUGCAGAUUAUUAUAACCUAUGCAUACACGGGUAAUUUGGCAAUAAAUGAAAGCACUGUAGAGCAGCUGUAUGAAACUGCUUGCUUUUUACAGGUGGACGAUGUGUUGCAGCUCUGUAGAGAAUAUUUAAUUAAAAAAAUCAAUGCCAAAAACUGUGUGCGGCUAAUGAGUUUUGCUGAUCUAUUCAGCUGUGAAGAGCUGAAGCAGAGCGCCAAGAGGAUGGUGGAGCACAAGUUUACCAGUGUCUACCGCCAGGAAGCUUUCAUGCAACUGUCAAGUGAGCUUUUGAUAGACCUUGUGAGCAGUGACAAUCUGAAUGUAGAAAAAGAAGAGACUGUUAGAGAGGCUGCAAUGUCUUGGCUAGACUACAACACUGUGUCGCGAUCCCAGUACUUGUCCACUGUGCUAAGCCACCUCCGUAUUGAUGCUCUCUCAGAAGUUAUUCAGCGUGAAUGGUUCCAAGGUUUGCCACCAAAUGAUAAGUCUGUAGUAGUGCAAGGACUUUACAAAUCCAUGCCCAGAUUCUUUAAACCAAGGCUUGGCAUGACAAAAGAGGAGAUGAUCAUCAUAGUAGAAGCAGCCCUAGAAAACCCUGGUUGUUACUCUACAAUCUGUUACAGCCCUCAGGCAGAGAAAGUUUACAAGCUUUGUAACCCACCUUCCGAGCUACACAAAGUUGGGGCUCUGGUGUCUCCUGAUAAUGAUAUUUUUAUUGCUGGUGGACAAGUCCCAGUUAAAACCACCAAAAGCAAUCACAGCAAACCGGGCAAACUUCAGGCUUCAUUCAGGACUGUGAAUUGUUUUUACUGGUUUGAUGCCCAGCUGAAUACUUGGAUUCCAAAGACCCCCAUGUUGUGUGUUCGUGUUAAGCCUUCGUUGAUUUGGUGUGAUGGAUACAUCUAUGCAAUAGGAGGAGAUAGCGUAGGUGGAGAACUUAAUCGAAGGACAGUGGAAAGAUACGACUGUGAGAGGGAUGAGUGGACAAUGGUGAGCCCUCUUCCAAGUGCAUUUCAAUGGAGUGUUGCUGUAGUUGUCCAUGAUUGCAUUUAUGUAAUGUCUUAUAAUCUGACAUACUGCUUCAUUCCGAGGUCGGGUAUUUGGGUAGAAAUGGCAAAGAGGCAGACAAGUAGAUGUUUUGCUUCUGCUGCUGCCUUUGAUGGCAAAAUAUUCUACCUCGGAGGUCUGCAAACGGACAACAACUCUGGUUUAAGGCUCCCAUCUAACACUUCGGAUGGCUCUUCCGUAACAGUUGAAGUGUAUGAUGUCCAUAAGAAUGAAUGGUACAUGGCUGCCAAUAUUCCUGCCAAACGAUUUGCUGAUCCCUGUGUCCGAGCAGUGGUCAUAUCCCAUUCUUUGUGUGUCUUUAUCAGAGAGACUCAUAUGAAUGAAAAAGCAAAAUAUGCCAUUUAUCAGUAUGAUUUGGACCUUGACCAGUGGUUUUUGCGGCAACAGAUAUCAGAACGUGUCCUCUGGGACCUGGGAAAAGAUUUUCGGUGCACUGUAGGGAAGCUUUAUCCGUCAUGUCUAGAAGUAUCACCAUGGAAACCCCUAACUCAUGUGUUCUCACAAGAUGGUGCAGAUGACUUUGAACUUGAUGGACAUAUGGUUACAUUACCCCCUGUAUAGCUGGUUGCAAGGAAAAGACUGCAUACAUGCAUGGAUCUCCAUUUCCUCAACUCAAGUUCUUUAGAACUAUACUAAUAAGGAAAUGGAUGUGGAAAAAUAACAUUGCAUUGCUUAGUUUUCAAACCUUUUUAUGCCCUACUUAACAUAUUUGUAACCUUUAAUGCAUUUAUAUAGGGAGAUAUGCUUCCAUUAUCUGAAUAUUUGACCAGCUAAAUGAAAACUGUAUAUUAUGCCAGCCUUAGCAUUCAUUUAAAUUCUAUCCCUGUGAUGUUUUUCCCUCUCCCAUCACUUGCUGCAAAAAAAGAUAAUGGCCCCAUAUCCAUUCGUGUGAAGUAGUUUCUAUCUGGGGAAUCUUCCAUUAUCCAGUUAGCAAUCCAAUUUACAUGCUGGAUUAUACAUACAAAUGUGCAGCGUGACCCGCUUUACCACCUAUAAUCUCCAGAGAUAAAAUGUUUUUGUUUAGUUGUGUUUUUUUUUUACUUCAAGAUUGCCUCCUCAGUAUUCUAACUACUGUAAAAAUAGUUGUUGUUUUUUUUCCCCAUUUAUAUAAAUAUAUAGCUAUAUACUCCUAAGAGAGGCAUUAUCCUUGUUGUGUGAUAUCAUCUCCAGAAGAACAUAUCUCAAGCUUUUUCUUGCAGUGCUACAGUACGUAACAUACUUAAAGCGUGUGAAGUCAACUAAUGACCCAGGGCAAGGUUGACUUGGAAGUAGUAGAGAAAAUUUGCAGUCAACCUGCAUGUUUUAUUUUUUACGAAGUGAUUUAUCACCAAAGGCCCACUUAAACACGUAAUCAAUACUAUAUUAUAUAUAAAUAUAUAUAUUUUUGCUGAAUUCAACCUUUCCUGCUGCUUGACAUGUAGUAGUUCAUUUGGUAACACAGGUCAAUAAAAUGACUGCAGGCUCAGUCAGGCUGUUCAAGGAGCAUGUGUUUCUGUCAUCAAUAAACCUGUACAUUUCUGUUGUAGAAUACAGGUCUUCCAAUAUGGCCUUGUAACGUUCUUUGUGGCGUAUCCGGGCAUCCAACCUAUUUGCCAGCCCCUCAUAGUACGGGUCCCUGUGGAACUUUAACCCUUUUACAGCAAUCUCGCAGUAAAGGGAUUAAACACAAUGGAACAUUCACCUUCUGUUACAGCGGUGUUUGCUCACUCAUUCAAAAACCUGCUGCUGAUUUCUUUUCCUUCCCUUCCCACAUUUGUACAUUUAGUGUUCAGUUACCAGGUCUUAUAUCCUUUUUAACUUAACAAGCAUUUACUGUAGUGUGAUUGUGUAUUGGUAUACCCUAGAUUUUUUUUCUUUUGUUCUGGGGAAGGGAAAAGAAUUGUUAAGAAAUAACUUACUUGGCACUCUAGUGCACGAGAGAGCAGAUGCCUAGUGCUGCUCUGGCAUUACUAUCAAUCCCAGGAACCACUAGCAGUAGAGGGGCACCAUAGCCAACUUAACAUGAGCACUGGUGCUUCAUGACAAACCCUACUAGCAUGUUCAGCUGCAUCAUGUUCUGGCACUGUAUUUUGAAUGAAAUUAAUUUAUUAAAAAAAAAAAUUAAAGUGAA